GGCGCUGGGAGCGAACCUGGCAAGAGGCGCAUGCAGGGCCUCAGCGCGCCGCUUCUCCUGAGCGCGGAGCAGCUGGGGCCCGGGGCCGCCUGGUACCGCCAGGAGGGCAGCUCGGAGUGUAGCUGGCUCCAGAAGUCACAGCCACCCAAGCACCGCACAAAUUUCUCGUCCCGCUGUCACUGGGCACGCAACUCGGAGUUCCGGCCUUCUGAGAGACUGCAAUGGCUAGGUCCCGCCUCCGCCAGGCCAGAGGUGGCGCGCAGUGGCAACAGCCAAGGGGAUUGCAGCCCGUUGCCUGCGCGCCACCUAAGCAGCGCUCGGGAGCGGUUCGUGCCCAGUGCUCUGGACACUGUGAACCCCGAACCCGCCUGCUCCCUGGCCCCCCCGACCCUGGAUGAGCCCUUGCCUGAUGCCCCGCCGCCGCCUGGUGGUGAGGCGCAGAACGGCCCACCACCCCUGACACCCUAUCGGCUGCAGACAAAGGCCGCGAAGGUGGAAGGGAUGGGGACUCUGGAAUGCACUAGAGAUUCCCUACUCCUCUGGCGAGGAUUCACCAAGGGAACUCCUCACCAUAUGGGCCGACUCAGAAGCGCCAAAAUCCACGUAGAGAGAGCCGUCAAGCAGAAGAAGAUCUUUAUGAUUCAUGGACGAUACCCAGUGAUCCGGUGUCUCUUGCGUCAGAGAGGCUGGGUAGAGAAGAAGAUGGUGCAUCCCCCAGGCACGAUCCUGCCACCACCCUCAAAGGACCUAGACAGCUCCAUGCUGGGCGACAGCGAUGCCACGGAGGAUGAGGACGAAGAAGAGAGUGAGAUGUUUCGGGAGUCGCAGCUGUUGGACUUGGAUGGUUUCCUGGAAUUCGAUGACCUAGAUGGGAUCCAUGCUUUGAUGUCCCGCAUGGUUCGAAACGAGACCCCUUACCUGAUCUGGACCACUCGGCGAGACGUGCUGGAUUGUCGCUUCCUUUCCAAGGAUCAGAUGAUAAACCAUUAUGCCCGUGCCGGCUCCUUCACUACAAAGGUGGGCCUUUGUCUCAACCUCCGGAAUCUGCCAUGGUUUGAUGAGGCUGAUGCUGACUCCUUCUUCCCCCGAUGCUACCGACUGGGGGCAGAGGAUGACAAGAAAGCCUUCAUAGAGGACUUCUGGCUGACAGCUGCCCGCAACGUUCUCAAGCUGGUGGUGAAGUUGGAAGGGAGGUCACAGUCUAUCCCCAUCCAGGCAAGAGAGGAAGAGGCCCUAGAAGAUACACAGCCCAAGAAACAGGAGAAGAAGCCAGUGACGGUGUCUUCAGACUUUGUGGAUGAGGCUCUGAGUGCAUGCGAGGAACAUCUCAGCAACAUAGCCCACAAAGACAUUGACAAGGACCCCAAUGCCCCACUGUACCUCAGCCCUGACGACUGGUCCCUCUUCCUUCAGCGCUACUACCAAAUAGUGCAUCAAGGGGCAGAACUCAGAUACCUGGAGGUCCAAGUCCAGCGCUGUGAAGACAUCCUACAGCAGCUCCGGGCCGUGAUACCCCAGAUAGACAUGGAGGGGGAUCGGAACAUCUGGAUCGUGAAGCCCGGAGCCAAGUCCCGAGGCCGAGGGAUUACGUGCAUGGACCACCUGGAUGAGAUGCUGAAGCUGGUGGACUGCAACCCCAUGCUGAUGAAGGAUGGCAAGUGGAUUGUGCAGAAGUACAUCGAGCGGCCCCUGCUGAUCUUCGGCACCAAGUUUGACCUGAGGCAGUGGUUCCUGGUGACCGACUGGAACCCACUCACUGUGUGGUUCUACCGGGACAGCUACAUCCGCUUCUCCACACAGCCUUUCUCCCUGAAGAACCUGGACAACUCUGUGCACCUGUGUAACAACUCCAUCCAGAGACACUUGGAGGCUUCCUGUCACCGACACCCAAUGCUGCCUCCGGAUAACAUGUGGUCCAGCCAGAGGUUUCAGGCCCACUUGCAGGAGGUAGAUGCCCCAAAGGCAUGGUCCAGUGUCAUUGUGCCAGGCAUGAAGGCUGCCGUGAUCCAUGCCCUGCAGACCUCCCAGGACAACGUGCAGUGUCGGAAGGCCAGCUUUGAACUCUAUGGGGCUGAUUUUGUGUUUGGGGAAGACUUCCAGCCCUGGUUGAUUGAAAUCAAUGCCAGCCCCACCAUGGCACCUUCCACAGCUGUCACUGCCCGCCUCUGUGCUGGUGUGCAAGCAGAUACCCUGCGUGUGGUCAUCGACCGGCGAAUGGACCGCAGCUGCGAUACAGGAGCCUUUGAGCUCAUCUAUAAGCAGCCUGCUGUGGAGGUGCCCCAGUACGUGGGUAUCCGGCUCGUAGUAGAGGGCUCUACCAUCAAGAAGCCCAUGGCACUGGGACAUCGGCGGACAGGGGUCCUCCGCUCAUCACUCCCUCAUCUGCUGACCCAGCAAGGCUCUGGGGAAAGCAAGGGCUCAGGCUCCCCUACCCACAGGUCAGCUUUUAGGAAAAAUGCUAGGGUCGAGAGCCUGGGACACACCACCACCGCCGCCGAGAAGCCAGAAACUACUGCCACCACACCGGUCCCUGGAAAGGGGAAGAAAGACCCUUUCCACUUCCCUAGUCUCCACAUCAAGGCCUGGCUGCCUUCUCCCCGUGUGCACCGACCCCAGAGCCGGGUCCACAGACUCCAGCACAGCCAGCUGGUGGGCUCUAAGGCUCUGUCAACCACAGGCAAGGCCUUGAUGACUCUACCUACUGCCAAGGUUCAGAUGUCCUUCCCACCUCACCCUGACCUCGAACUGGCACCUAGCAUGCUGAAGCCCGGAAAGGUGGGCUUUGAGCUGAGCUGCACACCCUGGUGGGUAGUGCUGAGCAGAGGGGUCGGGGCAGAAGGGCACAGGCAGAGGGCAGCACCGAGACCAAGCAGCGCACCAGGGAAGGGCUUGUCUUCCACAGAGCCCUGUUCCAAGACAGAGGCCUGAUCAUCUCUCUCUCCCUCCCCUCCUUUACACCGAGGCUGCUAUUCCCCCGCACCUUCGAGGCCCCCACUUUGGAAGUGCCUCUUGGCCUCUGACCUUUGAAGCCGGACUUCUUCCUAGCACCCACAGGAAAGUCGAAGUCCAAAGGCAAGUUCAAGGCCAGACUCUGCAACAGACCCAGGGCUGAGGCAUACCCCACGAAGAGGCUAAGCCUUCCCGGUCCCUUAGCCCUUAUUUUGGUGUCCCAAAGUCUGGGGCCUGUAGGGGCCACGAGGCUAAAGAAACCCCUGCUCUGAACUUCACUGCCCCAUCCUGGAUCCAGCAUCAAAUAAAAAAAA